CACAAUUUCGUUUUCCAAAUUAAUUUGAGUCGAGAAAGUUGACAUGCUAACUUUAAAUCUUAACCUUUUAAAAAAUGUUUGUGUCGGCUUUACACAUCUAUGCAGUCAACUGAUGUAGUGAUGGUGUGUAAUGUAAAGCAUAAACAUGACGAAGCGUUAAGUUUGAAGGAUUUUCCAUAGUUAAUGAACAUUUGAUGAACAGAAGCCAUCCAAUUAGUACUUCUGUAGAAGUGAAAACAGCAACGAAAUUAAAGUUCCCGACGGUGACAAUUUGUAACACAAACCCUGCGCAGUACUCAAGGAUAAGUGCGACUUCUACAUUGGAAAAAGUUAUAACAAAAGCAUCGGAAACAUAUUCCGUAGACUUAGAUAUCUAUAAUGUCACGGAUAUAUAUGACUACAACUACACAUAUUACGAUACAAAGUAUAAAAAUGUUACCAUAAGUAACGAUAUAAUGUGGAAAACAUCGGAACAAUUUCGGAUGCAGAUGGCUACGCUAGAUUUUAUGAGCCUUGAAAAUAUAUCCCAGCCAUAUAAAGAAUUCUUUCUUCUAUGCAAUUUUGCAGGGGAAGAAUGCAAUAGUGAAACGAUAAUCAAACUCAGGUCAUACAACUAUGGAAUGUGUUACAAGUUCGAACCUGAGUAUGUAAAAGCCCUCGAACCACACGGCAAAGUAGCGGAUGCAGGUCCAAAGUAUGCUUUGGAAUUGCUACUCAAUGUUGAUCAGUCAGAGAGCAUACCAUUCGUGACGUCAUCAGCAGGUGUUGUUGUAGGAACGGACGCAGAAAGCUGGUAUUUUCACGAAAAUCACGGUGUAUUCGUACCAACUGGCUUUGAAACAAAUAUUGCUCUGUCGAUUGUUUCAAAAGAGAGAGUUCCAGGAUUGGGUAAAGAACUGCGUUGCGAAGAUACGAGUUAUUGGACGAAAUCACUAUUGGAUUGUCAAAAAGAUUGUAAACUGAAAGAUAUCAGCGAAAAGUGUGGAUGCUUUCAGUAUUUCUUUGAAGUCGGUUAUAUAAAUGUGUCGGUGCCCUUAAACGAUACAUUUGAUCCAGAAACUGGUUACAUACCGUGCUAUACUACAGAACACUAUGAAUGUAUCAAGAGGGUUAAUGCCGAAUACGUACGAGAACCAGCGGAGACAUGUGCCGAUUGUAUACCACCUUGCAGUGAAAAUCUGUACGAAAGGGACGUUUCGAUGACAACAUGGCCAGGGGAAAAUUUUCUGCCCAUACUUAGACGAAUCUUGCAGUCAAGAUUGCCUGACGUUGAUCUAUCUACUAUAGAUCGCGACUAUGUCAGGGGUAAUCUUGCCCUCGUGAGGAUAUACCUGUCAUCUUUGUCCUACGAGGUGAUCCAGGAGGAAUACGCAUAUUCGGAUGUUGACUUCAUCAGUGAUAUUGGAGGUCAGCUUGGACUGUGGGCAGGCUUUUCUGUGUUAUCGCUACUUGAAGUCAUUGAACUGAUCCUCUUGUUGUGUGUGAGUGGAAGAAAAGAGCAGAAAACUAACCCUGAGAACAGCGACUUGUCGUCAACAAAUAAAUAGAACAUAUAUACAGGACUUGUAGUUAAUCAUUUGAGCCGUGCCAUGGGAAAACCAACAUAGUGGG